AUGAAUUUGAUACAUUCAGUAUACCUUGCGUCUCUAACAUACAGGUUAAUAGUCGACCUGACAACGUUUCACCAAUUUAGGUAUCACUAUGCCAGAAAAAAACAAGAUCACCGAGGAACUAAGUUCGAGGAGAACCUGGAUCCAGGCAACGACAGCGAAAGUGGACGGGAGCCGGGGGUGGCUAUCGACCGCCUCCGCCGUGACGUCACUACCAUGACGCCGUCAGGAGUGACGUCAGCUAGCGGCAGCCCAAUGGGGCGGGAGGCGAGAGUGACGUCGUCCAACAGGAGGAGUCCAGCUCUGGAGCCAGCCUCACCGAAAGGUACGUCCCAACAAGCUACCACGGCCGUACCUCAUAUAUCUCUCUGUGCCGUACGAUAUGUUCCGGUCGCGAUGAGCUCUGAUAGAGAUAUGAACGAGAUAAUAGCGCGAGUAUGA